GAACCAACGACUUAUAAUGAGGCAAUACGUGACCCUAACUGGCGAGAGGCGAUGACACGGGAGGUUGAUGCGCUGGAGCGCAAUGGAACAUGGACCAUUCAGAAGCUGCCGCCCGGCAAAAAGCCUAUCUUUUGAAAUUGUCAUGAGAUGAUUAUUCAGUUCAAAAAAUUUCUUGCUACUGUUUUUCCUAUCAAGGAUUUAGGCACCAUGAAAUAUUUCCUGGGAAUCGAGGUGGCGAGGAAUUCCAGUGGUAUAUUCUUAUGUCAACGGAAAUAUGUACUGGAUAUCCUGUCUGAAACUGGUUUAACUGGUGCCAAACCGGUAGCCUUUCCGAUGAUACAAAAUCAUUGCUUGCAACGUGACACAGGGGCAUUCUUUCCUGAUCCCGAACGAUAUCGGCGGCUUGUCGGGAAGCUAAUUUAUUUGACGCUCACGCGGCCAGAUAUUUGCUAUUCGGUUCAUAUAUUAUCACAAUUUAUGCAAGAGCCGCGUGUCCACCAUUGGGAGGCCGUAUUACGAGUGCUUAGAUAUCUCAAGGGACAUCCCGGACAAGGUGUUUUUCUCAGCAG